UUCCUUCACGUCAAUGCAAGGCCAUGUUGCGACAUCCAUGUUGCAGGCGUGGAGGGAAGCGUGGAAGCUCUGAGCAGCACAGUGGAAAACACAGUGGAAAGAACUCCAAACUCACAACCAAUAUCAUCAGAAUUAUAAUAUUAUUAUUAAGAUAUCGUACUGCGCAUUUGCUCCUUUCCUCGCUUGAAACGUGGCCUUGCGGCACCUAUUGCAAGGUCCCAACCGGAGAGCACAAUCACGCCGGACCGGAAUCCCGCCCCCCUGUGGUUUCCGUAACGAUCGUUUCAUCUCAACAGUUCACAUGCGCCAAAAGUUGAAUAAGACGAAGGUAACGAACAUUCUAUUCUCUGCAGUCGGGUCCUCUCUCCCACAUCGUCGCCACAUGGUCUCGCCCGACUCUUCCAUCCGUCUAAGUCACCUUGCCAGGAUCGACCGUAACGCCAACUACGGCGCCUGCUUGUAACUGUUUGCGACGUUCAUUAAAGCACAUAAACAAUACUUAAACAAUACUUCACCAAAAAAUAACUUCCUCAUUCAAUUUGAAGUUACUCCGAUUUGCAUUGCAUCUGCUAACCACGACUUCAACUCAGUCUCCUCCAAAUAGUCCAAGUCAACACCGCAGUUGGUAGCCAGGAAGGAAACCUGGAAUCCCUUAAACAUGAAUGUGAAAAUUUUACCACAAUAAGAAAGCCGGGAUUCACACUCUAAGGCGAAAAACAACCAUGACGAGACAGGAUCGAGAUUACCAAGAGCAGGUACCCGACAAUCCUAGCCUUGUUCCUUGUGCAUUCCCUCCUCAUUCCGUGACUUGCGCACGCUACAGUUGAACGGGCUUCACCACAAACAACCUCAAGCUAUUGUUAAACAACAUGCAUAACUUACUAAUCUAAUCCGACACUGAGUCUGCAACAAAAUUCUCUCAGGUCAGAGGUGGGAGUGGUGCUCGUCCGGUUCGUUACCUCGCGCAAACCGCCAUUAGAACAGCGUGAUUUCGGAGGGCGGAAUCACCGACCUCCACGGCUGCUACAUGCCCCGCCUGUCUUCGUACCUACCAGGCACUGGUCUCGCCCAACCUCGCCCCCCAAAUAAGCGUCGCCAGAUGCAUGGCUCCUGUCUUUUCUCUUUCCUCGAUCUGUCCAUUGAUGCAUGCUCCUGGUGAUUGAUCGCUAGGGAGAGAGAUUGAGAGAGAAGCGGAGACAGAGAGGUACAAAAUUGUUUUUGAGGCGAAGUGUGGGAGGCUUUAGCAAUGUCUGUGGAUGAUGAGGAGUGCGUGGAGAGCGGGGCGGUGGUGAAGAAGGUAAAUAGUGGUGUGAAAGAGCAUGGGUUUAUCGUGGAUAUGGUGGAAGAAUUUGGAGAGGACGGGGGAUACGGGGAGGGGGUCUAUGACGAUGGAGCCGGGGAGCUUCUCUGCUUCCUGAUGGACUUGCAGUCCACAGCGAUGGACAGCUUCGGCGGUGACGCUGAGUUUGAUCCCAAGUUGUACGUUGACUUGCCCCUGAAGAGUACGUUGAAGGAAACUGUGGAGGCGUUCAGGUCUCUACCUCGUGCUCCAAUCACUGGUUCCGUGGACAGAGACACUCUGAAGACAUUCUUGAAGGAUUACUUCGGUGAAACUGGCAGUGAUUUGGUCCCUUAUACACCGGAGGAUCACCUUGCGAACCCUCCCGAUUUUCUUCCUCGAGUACAGAAUACAGAUGCGCGUAAAUGGGGUCUGAAAGUUCAUUCUUUAUGGCCUUCACUUACUCGCCUUGUCUGCCCCACCGUGGAGAGGGAGCCAGACCGACACACGCUUCUUCCACUAAAGCACCCCUUUAUAGUACCUGGAGAACGGUUCCGAGAGGUAUAUUACUGGGACAGCUAUUGGGUCAUCAGGGGAUUACUUGCAAGCAAAAUGAAAAAGACAGCAGCAGGAAUGAUAGACAACUUUUUGGCAGUAGUUCAAGCGUAUGGCUUUCUUCCAAAUGGUGCAAGAACAUAUUACGAAAAUCGUAGUCAGCCUCCAUUCCUAAGCAGGAUGGUGCGAGCAAUAUUUUCUGCAACUGAUGAUCUUAAGCUGGCAACACGAGCGCUGCCACUUCUUCUUGUCGAACAUGAUUUCUGGGUCACAGGCUCUCAUGUAGUAACAAUACGAGACAGUCAAGGACGUGAUCAUCGGCUCAGCCGUUACAGUGCUCAUUGGGAUCAGCCCCGACCUGAAUGUUCCACCAUUGAUAAAUGCAUUGCCGGAGGGUUCAGUAAGUUGAAGCAACAACAGCUCUAUCAUGAUAUUGCCACUGCAGCCGAGUCGGGCUGGGAUUUUAGCUCAAGAUGGAUGGAGGAUCAGGAGCAGUUGUCUUCCAUGAAAACCUCCUCCAUCAUUCCCGUGGAUCUCAACGCAUUUCUUCUUCAGAUGGAACUCGACAUAGCGUACCUGGCAAAGGCAUUGAACAAUACUUCAGUGGCGAAGCGUUUCACAAGGGCUGUUGAUGCUCGAAAACGAGCGUUUGAAGCGAUACUCUGGAAUGAAAAUAAGAGUCAAUGGUUAGACUAUUGGCUCCCCUUGCAGAAGCCUGUCAAAGGGGUGAAGAAAAUUUACAUGUGGGACAGCGACAGAGCAAACCAAAAUGUGUAUGCAUCAAAUUUUGUUCCUUUGUGGUGCGGUUUACUUUCUGCAGGAGAUGCAAAAAUUGAUAAAGUGGUGGAGGCACUGUCCAGUUCGGGCCUAAUAUUGCCUGGUGGAAUAGCAACUUCGCUCAUUAAGACAGGACAGCAGUGGGACUUUCCAAAUGCAUGGGCUCCGCUGCAGCAUAUGCUCAUUGAGGGACUUAUCUUGUCAGGUUCUCCUAAAGCAAGAGAGUUGGCAGAGAGCAUAACCAGGUCUUGGUUGCGAUCUAAUUAUUUAGCGUUUCAACGCUUUGGCCACAUGGUUGAGAAAUACGACGCUCGAUAUUGUGGGGAGGUUGGCGGUGGUGGAGAGUAUAUAACGCAGACUGGAUUUGGGUGGACAAACGGUGUUGUUCUGACACUCUUGAACGACUAUGGUUGGCCCGAGGACUUACCACUUGACUUUGAUUAUAAGUCAUAACAACUACGGUCGGUCGGGCAACUGCGAGGUUAUUUUGCCACAGACCACAAUACUACCCCUUUAUUGCAUGAUUGUUAGAUAUAUAUUGUUGUGAAAUCAAGACUAUCUUGACUUGAACAUUACCUAGACUAACCUUUCAUACACUGCGGGUGAAUUUCUUAAUGCAACGGGAAGAAGAAGUUUUGUGCGCCCUCCAUUCGGAAGAUUAGACGCCAGCUUCUCAAACCAAACAUUAUUUGUAAACACCUUGUUUAUCUAAUUCGCAGCGCUUCGAUCUGUCAGUAAGAGUUCAAAGUU